AUGAGGAAGCCUGGAGAUCAAAUGGUGAAAGAAAAAUUGAAUAACAGUAAGGCUAAAUUGAGGAAGGGAUUGUGGUCACCCGAAGAGGAUGAGAAACUAAUGAAUUACAUGUUGACAAAUGGACAAGGUUGCUGGAGUGAUAUUGCGAGGAAUGCCGGAUUACAGAGGUGCGGGAAGAGUUGCAGGCUUCGAUGGAUUAAUUAUUUGAGACCUGACCUUAAACGUGGCGCGUUUUCUCCUCAGGAAGAAGAACUUAUCAUUCAUUUGCAUUCCAUUCUUGGCAAUAGGUGGUCUCAAAUUGCGGCACGUAUACCAGGAAGGACAGACAAUGAAAUAAAGAAUUUUUGGAAUUCCACAGUGAAGAAGAGGUUGAAAAAUAGUAACAAUAAUUCAACAUCCUCCCAAAACAACAGUGACUCAGUAUCAGAGCCUACGGGUGCUGUCAUGCAAGGACUAAUGCCAAUGCACGAAUAUGAUGUUACAACAAUGUACAUGGAUUCGUCGUCAUCCUCAUCUUCCUCCAUGGAAGCCAUGGUCAUGAAAAGCCAGUUCAACCCUUUUCCUCCAAUGGUCAACAAUUUCGACCUCAUAAAUGGUACCGUAGUCGGUUCAUUCGAUUUCUCGACAUGCUUAGAACAAGUUGAUAUGUCAAAUAGGGGAUUUGAGCAGGAAUAUGGAGUCAUGGAACCUUAUGUUAUGGGAUUAGAAAAUGACCUUUCUGUCCCUGCAUUAGAGGGUAAAGGGACUGAGCCUAAUAGUGCUGUAUAUGACUAUAUUUUUGACACCGAAGCGAACAUCAACGGCCAAUUGAAUAAUAGUGGAAGUGCAUUUGACGGCAGAGACAUUUAUUCAAUCACUUUCUGCUAA